GCACGACAGUGAAGCACAAAGUUUCGGGCCGCGUACAAGGCGUGCACGUUGCCGUCAUUCGCUGCCGCCGCCGCCGUAAUCACCGUCGUCACCGGCCACUUCCUCAGUCGUCGUAUUUUUGCGUCCGCCGACGCUGUUUCCGGCGGUCCGCUGCACCCGUCGCCGCCGCACAACGGUCUCACCGUCCCCGGCACGGUCGUCACGCCAUUUCUUAGCGCCCGCAACAGGUAUCCGUCGCGCGCCAAACAUACCCAUCGCCGCCGCCGCCGCCGCCGCCGCCGUCUAGUCCCUUUCCGCGCCCGCACAUGGUACGCCGCUCGACCGUCCAGCACCCGACGGGUCACGUGCACGCGCGCCGACGAUGACGUGCUAAUGACUGGAUGUCACGCGAAUCGCUCAGCACGCCGCCGUCGCGUUCAACCCCGUCCGACUAAAUGGAAGUGUACGUCUUGUUACAGGUAAACGAUGGGUGACAUAUUGAUGAAAGAAUAGAACAAAAUUGAAGAGUGCGUUGUUAAUAUGCAUUUUGUUAUUUAAAUGAUAAGUAUCAUCGAAUAACAUAAUAUUAUGAUGAUGAAUGUCAGGGAAAAAAUACAUAUAGUAUACUUAAUCUGGGAUACCAAUUCGAUAUCAAAUUCGACAAACAACGGGACCCCGGAAAAUGACGAGUACGAGGACAACGGAGAGGUGGCUUUGACAGCGCUGCCACUGUUCUGCAUAGGAUCGUUUUUGAUCGUUGUUAUAUUCUUGUCGAUCGCUGGUAACGUGCUGGUGUGCAUGGCCAUCUACACCGACAGGGGCCUGCGAAGGAUUGGCAACCUGUUCUUGGCCUCGCUGGCGAUCGCCGACCUUUUUGUCGGGGCAUUGGUCAUGACGUUUGCACUAGUAAACGACCUGCAGGGCUACUGGAUGUUCGGCGCCAAAUUCUGUGACAUAUGGACUGCCAUAGACGUGAUGUGCUCCACCGCAUCCAUACUCAACCUAUGUGCCAUAUCACUCGACAGAUACAUUCACAUCAAAGACCCACUGAGGUACACGACGUACUUGAACCGGAGGAACGCGCUGCUCGGGAUCGCCGGAGUGUGGGCGCUGGCCGCGUUCGUGUCGGUGGUGCCCAUCUGCAUACUGAGCAUCCACCGGCCGCCCAAGCCGGUGGUGUUCCACGCGGGCGACACCGAGUACAUGCGGUGCGCGCUGGACCUGACGCCCGAGUACGCCAUCAUAUCGUCGUGCAUCAGCUUCUACAUACCGUGCGUGGUGAUGAUCGGCAUCUACUGCCGGCUGUACCGGUACGCGCAGAAGCACGUGCAGAGCAUCCGGGCGGUCACCCGGCCGCUGACCACGACCACGACCACGACGACCGGGGCGGCCGCGGCGUCGUCGGCCACGCUGACCGCGGUGCACCACCACACGUCGCCGUACCACGUGAGCGACCACAAGGCGGCCAUCACGGUGGGCGUGAUCAUGGGCACGUUCCUGCUGUGCUGGGUGCCGUUCUUCUGCGUCAACAUCAUCGCGGCGUUCUGCAAGACGUGCAUACCCGAGGCCGCGUUCAAGGUGCUCACGUGGCUCGGCUACUCCAACUCGGCGUUCAACCCCAUCAUCUACUCGAUAUUCAACACCGAGUUCCGGGACGCGUUCCGCCGCAUACUCACCACCCACUACCCGGACUGGUGCUUUUGCAAGGGCUACCGGACGGUGGUGCUCAGCUCCGACGCGUCGUUCCGGCACCACCAGCGGCGGAAGACCACCGGCGGCGGCGGUGGCGGCGGCGGUUGCGAUUUCGUGUCGUCCGCCUCGGCCACGGCCGUCGUCGCCGCGUCCACCGUCGUCAAGCACAACGGCAAGGCGGCCGCCGCGUCCACGGCGUCCGCGCAGCAGUCGUGCGGCGGCGGCGGCGUGGGCGGCGUGUGCGGCCCGCAGGUAGCCAGCCCGAGAUCGUCGGUGGCGUCGCUCCGCCAGUCGCGGCUCAACUCGUCCGAAAAGAUCAUCAUCGAAGCCGACGAGGAGAUCUGACCGCCCCGCGGUGUCCGGCUACCGCGCGCUACCCACGACAUGCCUCGUUUCGCCGUCGAAUAUCUCGUCUGAACGACAACGCUUCCGACAGAAACGCGCAAUAAUAAUAAUAAUAAUAAUAAUAAUCUGUAACGACGUAAUGUCUGUACAUUAUUGGCCCAUAAAUUAUUACGUACGCUGAUAUAAAUAUAUAGAUAUGUAUAGUAUUACUGGUGCGAGGACAGGGGCCGUACCGCUUGUGCAGAACAGCAACCGUUUAUUUGAAAUAUAAUAUUAUGUCUCGAGGUAUAUGCGUUUUCUCUGCACCGUCAGCCGGCGGAACUGCAGCACUUUGCAGCGUCCGUGAUGUCCGGACCGGAAGUCGACGCUAUAGACGCCGAGUCCAGACGCCGAAGGGAAAACGAGUAUAUCUACAGAUACCGAUGUGUUGUGGCUAAAAUAGUGUGUUAAAAUCGUUUUCCCUAGUCGAAAGCUUUAGAAAAAAAUCUAAUCCUCGUCACUGCACGCAUUUCCCGUCCGCGAGUCUCACGCACGCAUCGUAAUAAAACGCGUCCUUUAUCGAUUUUCCGUCGCACAUUGCUAUAUUGCAGUCCGUCCCGCUCGGUACUUACAAUAGGUACUAUCGCAAUAACUAUAAUAAUAUCACUCACAUAUAACCAAUGAUAAUGUAUACACGAGUCCCCCUCCUCCGCCUAAAUCGCUGCGGAAAUCACCUCUGCGCGCGGUAAACGGUUUAAUAAAAUCUGUUAUUAUAUAUUUAUUUUUUACGAUUCGUUUCCUACAGGAAAAAAACGAAAUUCAUAGCGUAAACGUACGACAAGUUUAUGACUGUUUACAACUUUUCGUAUGGAUUUCCAAACCAAAAGUUUAAAUCCAAAAGCUACCGACAUUAAUAUUAUAAUUCUAGGGACCGGAUGUUGAUCAUUUUUCAUUUUUUUUUUUUUUUGGAACAUUUUAGACGACGCUUUUAUAGUUAAAAUUGUAUUUAUAAACAUUAUAAUCAACCAUAUAAAUUUUAAAUAAUAUAUUCUCAUUCUGCAAUUGUUGUCAUGCAAGGUCUGAUUUUUUUAAAUAUCUGUACAGGCCAUUUUCAACUAUUUUAACCAAGAAAAAAGUUACGAAUAAAUGAAACGUUGUACAAAUAUAAUACCUAGCGAAACUAAAUUAAAAAAAUAAUGUCCGUCUUUAAAGUUAACUCUUUUAAAACUUUUUGUUAUUUAAAACAAUACAGAUUGUUACCGCUAAUGAAUAUCAAAUUUAAUUUAAACCGUAUAAAUUAUCUACUUUUUCUUCUCGAGCGUUUUGCUAUGUUAUCUACUCGUGACAAUUUUUUAUAGACAAAAUUCUAUUUUUAAAUUUAAAUCAAAAUAAGUAUAGAGUAUUUUUAUGUUUUAAUAAAACUUUACUGUAGUUAUUAAUUUAAAAAUAAAUUAACAGUUAAAAUAAUUUUAAAAAUGUUAAAUUUAUUUUUGUUCAUUAAUUAAUUUUUGAAGUGGUUUCAAUGAUGGGCAAACCAAGACCAAGACUAUGGCAGUCUUGGUCUCGGUUUUGAAAAACAGUUCGUUAUCUUGGUCUUGGUAUUGGUCUUGCAGAAAGACCAAGACCAAGACUGCAAGACCAAGAUAAUUUUACCUAUCACUAAGUGGUUUUAGGGCAUUGACAUCCGGGCCCUAAUUGUUACUAUUGUCAUAAUAAUAAUAAUAUAAAAUAAUAUGAUCGAGAAUAUCGCUUGUUAAAUUUAACCACUAGUACAUAUCUUAACGUAGUGUUGUUGAUUAUUAUUUGUCCAAUAUAUCCACACGUUGGAUAUUACAUUUUCGCCCGAUCGGUACCGGUACGGUUCCUGCACAAGAAAUAACAUUUUAUCUUAUAAUGACUAUAAUAAUUGUUACAAUGGCUACUGCCGUCUUAACCGCGCUUGACUGGCCAUCCACAUUUGCAAUACCUUCUGAUAUAUUAAUAGAUAAUAUUAUUAUGUUUACAUAUUAUAACGUUUCAAUUUCACCACACGAAUUUAUAAUACCUAAUUAUCUACAGAUUAAAAUAUGCUAUAUGUCAAUAAAUAAUUUCGCUGUAUACUAACACAUUUCGGUCAUGACGAUUGUAUUCCAACGUUCUAAAAUCCAUAUCCAUUACAUGUCCUAAAUACUCGUACAUUUAAGAUAUGAAUAAUAAUCUGUAUUCUUUGUUUUUAUUGUUAUUUAAUAAUGUAUUAUAAGUAUAUACUAUGUGCCAAAUUUUUUCUCGUACUUUACGUUGUUAACAUUUUGUAUUAUAACUGUAUUUCUAAAAUGAGUAGUUCCUAUUGUAGUCGAGAUGCACGUGCAUACUUUACAUUUGCAUCUUUUGUCAUAUAUUCCAUGGUAAUUAUAACAGUAUUGCCUAAAUCCCUAAAUAGUAUUCGAGAUAGCAUCGAUGUCUCUCUUCUCCCGUUCAUCAAACGUUUUUAGAUAUCGAACUAUAAUAUUAGUAUAUUAUAACAAGCAAUCGUUUAUACGUGCGUGAUAAAAAAAAAAUAGGUUAAACAUUUUAAUAAUAUGAACGAUCGGUCUUUUCGUGUCAUAACAAAAUGCUCAAUAAAUUACGUUAUCCAAAAUCCCAACAAUAAAAUAAAAUAAAACACAGAGCUAAAAAUACAAAAUUUUAAAUCAAAAUCUGUGAUCUCUUUAAGUUUUUGUUUCAAAAAAAUAUAAAGAAUUUUAUCUAUAAACAUAUAUAAUAAACUAUAUAUGUAUAUAUAUUAUACUCAACGGAAAAUGCUGCCCAUAAAAAACGGCUUACGGUUGACGAUUUGGUUUACGUACGCGUAUGAUAUAAAACUACGCACUAAAUUAUAUAAUUUUAGUAUAAAAACAAUAAAAUGGUCCGAAAAUAAAAUGAAGUAGGACAGCUAAAAUCAAAAUAUAAAGUAUCAGCCACCUUAACGAACUAUAUAUUAUUAUUAUUAUUCUAUGUAGAGCCUGCAUGAUAUAAUGAACGAACGUUUACGCGACUUAGCACAGUAGAUACUCCAAAACGAUGACGAGGUCUCGGAGUUACUUAAAAUAAUAAUGCCUGUAAGUACCUAGUAUUAAACAUUGUUAUGUACGAAUAGGUGUGUAAAAUAUAAAAUUAAAUUAGACAAGCGAAGUGCGUAUAAUAUACGUAAUAAUAACGUUAUUAUAUUAUUAUAACGUUGGGUAACUCUAUCCGUCUUAACUAGUUACGUAUAUGCGCAUACAUAAAUGUAUACAUACACAUACGCGUAUUGCUUUCGAACAAAUGUAUUUUCAUAAUCAAUUAUAUGUACAUACCUACGUAUGUGUAUACUGCAGAAUGAAUGAUCAAAUGUCAUUCAGCCCAUCAGGCGAAAUUAACCAAAGAUGACUUAUUGUCGGCGCACCACAAUAAUGAUAGCGUAUACCUACAUAUUACCUUUAUAUAGUAACACCUACACCUUGGUUUGAGAUAGUAAUGAUAUAUAUUUUGGUCUAAAACGUUGUAUUCAUUAUAAUAUCCUAAGGGAGCGAACGCGUUUAAAAUAUAGUUUAAAAAAAAAAAAAUCAAUUUUGUUAUUAUAUAAACACGGUUUGUAUAACGGUGGGUUUGGAUAUCGAACGCCCGCUUUUUAAGAGAUUUGAUAUAGGCGAGUUUAAUUAAUAGGUAUUUAAGAAAAAUAAAAAUUUAAAAAGUAACUCACACAUUUUUUCAUUUCGAUACCACUGUUGAUUUUUUGAGUAAUAAUAUUCUGAGAUCAUAAAAUAAAAAGUUUAAAAAACCACUUCACGUGAUAAAUAAUCAAACGAUCUAAAAUUAUAUAAACUAUAAGUUAUAAUUUAUGGCUUAUGACUUAUGAGAAACCUAAUUUUCACCAUUAAAAAAAGACAACUUUUUCAGUGCAAUAUUGUUUCAGUCUUACGGCGUGUACUGUACAGAUAAAGUGGUCUUCUUUUCUUUAUGAAAACUCGAUUUCUUUUAUGCUAUUAAAAUGUACAGCCCACGUGAAACAUUUUUUAACAGACAAAUUAUAAGGACCUAUAGCGUCCUCCUAUAGGUGCACCUGUACCGACUUACCCGUUAAAGUUUAAUACUAUACGCAUAAGUGUUAUUUUUAGUUUAACCGCGAGUUAUUGUCAGAUCGUUUAUAAAACAAUAUUAAGUUUUUGCUUUGUUCGUAGAUCCUAUCCAAUGUGAUAUGUAGGUUGUAUUGAUUCUUCUACCAGUCGUACUAUACCUAAUAUUAAAUUAUUAUUUAAUUUUAUUGAUAAACUAUUAUUGUAUGUAAACCUAUUAUUAUCGUCAGCAUUAAUAUUGUUGUUUUUAUUACUGUUUUAAACGUCCUAAUAUAAAAAAAAAAAAAAAAAUGUUUUUAUUUGUACUAUUAUAAAUUUAUAUUGUUUAAUGUUGUAAUAUUAUUCUUACUUAUACGUUUGGGUUAUGUUAUUAAAAUAAAUUUCGUAAUAAGCAAUUAAAUCUAAAACUUUUUUUUUUGUUCUUUGUUUGUUUUUUUUUCUAUCGAAGUAACGAGGGAGACAUUAUUUUUAUUUUUACUAUAGCAUUUUUUUACAAAAAUAAUAUUUGAAUAUGAAACUUAAAUGAGUAAAUAUGUUAAAAAUUAAUUAAGCACAACCUACUUACACAAAAAAGCACAUUUUCCGAUUUCAUCAUCCAAAGAUAUAUUUUUAAUUUUACUUUUAAAAUGUUAAAUAUUGAUGUGUUCAAAGUUGCUUAUUAUUAGCAUUUGAAUAUAUUGUAUCCUUAAUUUAUUCCCUAACGUGAUUUAUUUGUAUAUAUAUAUAAAAUAAAAAUAAAAUAAUAUUAAUUUAAUACAUU